AUGGAGAUGAAAGGGCUUCCUUUGCUCAUCAAUGAUCCUGAAGGAGAGCGUCUGUCCGCGGAGAUUGCCGAAGCUGGUUACACGUGGUCAAAGCAGGUUCCGAGGAAAAUUGAUAUCUCAAUCUAUCUCUACCGACUAUUCAUAGAAUUAGCAGAUCUCUACGGCCCAAUUGACCCCCAGAGUGAUGGCUUCUAA